AUGGAUGCGCCUGAGCACCUAAAGAGAGAGGAGGGCGGGAUCCGGAGCAAUAACGGCAUUGACGGACUCGAUACCCAAUCAUUUCAAAACGAUCUGGUUGAUUUCGACGAAAGGCUACAGACGGUGGAGCGAUUUCAAACGCGAGAGCGACAUCAAGCACAGGAUCGCCAUGACGAUCUGGUUGAUUUCGACGCAAGGCUCCAAGCAGUGGAGCAAUAUCAAGCACAGGAUCUCACAGACAAUCUAGUCCAGAUCAACGAAAGGCUACAGACGGUGGAGCGAUUUCAAACGCUAGAGCGACAUCAAGCACAGGAUCUCAAAGACGAUCUGGUUAAUUUCAACGCAAGGCUCCAAGCGGUGGAGCAAUAUCCAGCAUAUGAUUUCGAAGACGGUCUAUUUGAUUUCGACGCAAGGCUUCAAGCGGUGGAGCAACGUCAAGCGCAGGAUCUCGCAGACAAUCUGGCCCAGAUCGAUGAAAGGCUCGAAGCGGUGGAGCAACAUCAAAUACAAGGUCUCAAAGACGAUCUGGUCGAGAUCAAGGAAAGGCUCCAAGCCGUGGAAAUGAUGGAAGAGCAUAACUCUGCUCGUAUGAAUAGCCUUUUGCGCUUGCUGAGCGAGUGCGCCCAUAUGUUACGUGGUUUUUGA